AUGAAUGACGGGAUUCCUUAUGGAGUUUCCCGUAAUCAAAAUAGUGUUUACACAGAUUAUGAAAAUUUAAAUUCAAAUAGUGGUGUCUCAAAUCAAGAAGGGAUAAUUUAUACAAAUCAGUUUAUCCGUCCUGAUAGUAUAGAUUCUUUACAAGAUGUUGGUGAAGUUAAUAAUUCUAACAAUGCACUUAAUAGUCCGUUAGGUUCUCAAACUAACCAUCAAAAUAAAGCUUCAAGUCCUACAUUUGGUCCAGAUGGCAAUUCAAUGGAUCUUACUUUUACAAGUCACCCAGUAAUUUCUCAUAGUCAUCGAAAAAGACAUUUUUCUUCUGAUAUAAAUUUGACAUCUGAUAUAACUUAUAGUAAACCACAAAUUAAAGUUUCCAAGUUCUCGGAUCAUACUUUUAGGGAGACAGUUUUUAAAUCUGAUUUUUUAAACAGGUUUUUGAGAAAAAUGCCAGAUGAAAAGUUUAUCCAUCAUGUUUCGGAAGAAAAUGUUGAUGCAUAUAAAGACGCUGGUUAUGACAUUAGAAUAACUCAAAAGUCGGGGUCGUUCAAUGCUAGAAGUAUAAGAACAAACAAAAAUUACAAAGUAAUUCCACUUUCGGCUAAAGCUAUGAGUCAAUUUACUGCCGUUUCAACGAGAUUAAAUGAUGUGAAGUUUUCUGAUAAAUUUUCUCCUAGUGAGUAUGAAGAAAUGAAAGAAAUGAUAUUACCUGAAGGUACUAUAUUACUUGACUUGCCAUUUACUAGAUCGAAAUCAUUAUUAAUGCCGAUCAGUAAUAUUGAAGGUGAAAUAUCUCUAUAUGAGUAUAUUCAGGACAGACAAGCGACAUUAUCAGAGAGUGAUGUUCGACCAAUAUUUAAAAAUGUUUGUAAAUUAGUACAAUUUUGCCAUGAAAUAGGAAUAGUACUUCGUCAUAUGCAACUAAAAAAGUUUGAAUUCACAAAUGAUUGUUGUACCAAGAUUCGUCUUACAGAUCCACUAGAACUGUAUGUGUGCAAGGACUUUGAUGAUGAUUUUAUUGGUGAAAGGCAUGCUUGUCCUGCAUAUGUUGCUCCAGAAAUAUUUAGAAGAGAUAAAGAGUAUCGUGGAAAACAAGCUGAUAUGUGGUCUUUAGGAGUUCUUCUUUAUGUUAUGCUUACUUUUAGAUACCCUUUUUUUGAUAAGGACGUUAAGGGCAUUUUUUCAAAAAUCAUUGCGGGUAAAUAUUCUAUUCCCGGUAAUGUAAAAGUAUCUAGUUCCUCUUUUCAAAUAAUUACCACACUUUUGAGAAUGAAACCGGAGGAAAGGCUAACAAUUGAUGAGAUUUUACAGAGUAAAUGGUUGCGCAUAAAUUCUAAAUGUCUUCCUAAAACUCCUUGUUUAAUUUCGACUGACAUAACUUGUCCUCCUUUUGUUGAAGUAAAUGCUUCUUCAACAACAUCAUCAACUUCAACAUUGUAA